AGCAAGGACUAGGGUAACAGGAAGUCGUAAGUGGCGCCAUUCCUAAAAACGUGUCGGCUUAUCAAGCGAGUACCGGCAGCUCUGUUUCCGAAAAGAUUUGAAAUCACUGAACCUUUUCAAAAGUAAAUACUCUUGAUUAACAUUGUGAAUAAUGGCUGGACGUGGCAAGAAAAGGAGUCGUGAGGAUGGCAAGGUCGCAAUGGACUCCAAACGUACAAAGACAUCAGUAUCCCACCCGAGUCACGGUGACACAGCAGGGCUUGUACUGACCCUGGGGGAGGGUGAUGUGGGGCAGCUGGGCCUGGGGGAGGACAUUCUGCAGAGGGUGCGACCAGCCCUUGUCAAGCUCCCUAACGCCAUCCUGCAAGUGUGUGCUGGAGGAAUGCACACGAUAUGUUUAACCGACAAAGGAGAACUUUAUAGUUUUGGUUGCAAUGAUGAAGGUGCCCUCGGACGCAACACAUCUGUUGAGGGGUCGGAGAACACCCCAGGCAAGGUGGACCUUGAGGCCAAUAUAGUUCAAGUCAGUGCCGGUGACAGCCACACGGCUGCACUGUCCAGUGAUGGCAUUGUGUACGCAUGGGGGAACUUCAGGGAUGCCAGUGGAUCCAUGGGGUUGUCUUCUGCUGGUAUUUCCAAAGUUCCAAUCAUGGUGCUCCCAGAUGAAACAGUUGUAAAGAUAUCUUCAGGCAGCGACCAUCUGGUUUGCCUGACAACCCAAGGCGAAGUAUACACACUAGGCUGUGCUGAGCAGGGUCAGCUGGGUCGUAUUGCUGGCUGCUUCACUACGAGAGGGGGACGGAAGGGUUUAGACUUGAUCCUCAACCCGGGACUUGUCCGAUGCAAGAAGUACAGAUCCAGGAAAAUGGUGAAGUUCUCCGACAUCUGGACUGGCCAGUACAUGACCUACGCUCAGGAAAAGGACACAGAGGACAUCUAUGCCUGGGGGUUGAAUAAUUACUACCAGCUAGGUUUUGAUGACAUGGAGAAUCGCUAUUUGCCGGAGAGAGUGGCCUCCUUUAGUAUGGGAGCUAGCUGGAAGAGCAUCACUGCUGGGCAGCAUCACACAGUGGCCCUGGACACAGAGGGACGAGUGUUCACACUGGGUCGAGCAGACUAUGGCAGACUGGGACAUGGGAAAGAGGGGAAGGAACUGUCAGAGCCCACACUGGUGGCAGCAUUACAGGAGAAUAGGUGUACACACAUUGGCGCAGGGGGAUGCGUUUCUUUUGCUGUCACAGAGAAAGGUACUGUGUAUGCAUGGGGAAUGGGAACCAGCCAGCAGCUGGGCCAGUCAGAGGAUGAGGACAUCUAUGAACCAACUGAGAUGGGGGGCAAACAACUUGAGCACAGGAGAGUAAUUUCAGUAGACGCCGGGGGCAACACACAGUUCUGCUUGCCAAGGACAAGAAUGGAAACUGACACCUUGUGGCAGGGGUCUGAUAAAACAAGCUGUGCUGUGCAUGUCCCUAUUGCAUCCUACAGGAUUUUUGAAGACGUUGUGUAUGGAAUAUUUCCAAGGCAGCAGGGACAGAACAUUUCAGUAAAGACUGAGUGACUUUUUUUUAGCAGGAAUGGCUUGUUAUACUUUUACUAAAUGUAUUUUAGUGAAGAAGGAUUCUUAGUAAGGAUGUGUGUUUUAGAACAUUAUCAAGGUCAAACAGUGGUGAGAUUUCAUUCUCAUGUGGAUGUGCUAGGACAAUUUCUGGAGGAUAUUUCCUGAACCAUGGAACCAUGCUGAAAGAAAAGAUGACAGUGUACUGUUUGUGCCCCCUGACACCACUGCUCAGAAUGGACUCGUUGGAAGCUGUGUCUUGGUGACAACAGCAUGGAGACAGUUUAAGUAUUUAUCUAUGUUAACUGGAACAAUGAGACAAUUUUGUCUCAAAGUGAUCUUUCUUUUGUGGUGUGUGAUUGUGAGGGAAGACCGUUGUUUGUUGUGGACGAGGGAGAGAGAGAGCAUGGUUUUAGUGUUCUGAGGCUACUGAGAUAUCUGCAGAUUUUAGAACCAAUAUCACAUGUAUAUUUCAUGAAUUUAUACUGUUUUAUAUUUCAUCAUGACAUGGCUAUGUUUAUAUUGAAGUGCUCACAGGGCUAUUCCAAAGCACUUCCAGGUAACAAUAGAAAUGUAACAUUUAAUGUAUGUUUAAUUGUUCCCAACUUUUAUUGUGAAAUGAUGAUGCUUGUGUGUGUGACAUUUCAUGUGUAUUAUGUAAACGUUCAAUUGAAUGAGUGCUUGUAUUCGGAAAUGUUGAACGGUGCUGAGAGAUUUUGUAAAGCUGAUUUUCAAUAAAGAAGUCAAACCUGA